CCCCGCCUUCGGCUUGUGCCGGCGGUGCCUAUCUGGCUCUCCGCCAUCUGGAUUCUGUGGUUCGGCAGCGGCACCACGAGUCGGGUUAAAGCUCAGAGAGCUGAAACCGAAGCUAGGCGCAUAAGGUCCCGUGGGGCCUCACACCUCUGUGUGUGCUGUCACUCAACCCUCCACUCCCUUCAACCCACCAAUCCUCUUCUAUCACCUCCUCCUCCCUUUCCACAUCCUUCGUCCUCGCCAUCAUCAAAACAAUCAUCAUCACCAACCCAACUACCACAACAAUUCCAAUUCCCACCCCGUCGGUCCUACACAUAAUCCCACCCAGCAUGUCUUUGCCCGCAAAUGUAACCGUCAGCAGCCAUCCCUGUCUCCUGGCGAAGCUCUCGCAGCUCCGCUCGGCGAGCACCUCGCCCAAGGAGACCAAAGCUUUAGUUCACGAAUUGUCCAUCCUUCUCGGAUCAGAGGCGUUGAGCAAGGUUCUCACCACCACAGUCGACGGCACGGAUGUAUCCCCCCUGGGUGUCAGCUUCGAUGUUUACAAGACCAAUCCCUCGCGCAUCGUCCUGGUCCCCAUUCUCCGUAGCGGAUUGGGAAUGGUUGAAGCCCUUCAGACCAUCCUCCCGGUGCCAGUGCCAGUACACCACCUCGGACUGUUCCGCGAGAAGACCUCGUUGCAGCCCGUCGAGUACUACAACAAUCUCCCGACCCGCGUAACGCCUACCACCGGUGAUGCUGGUCCCUGUGAUCUCGCUAUCGUUGUCGAUCCCGUCAUCGCCACUGGCGGCACGGCGGAGGCUGCGAUACAGACCCUCAAGGAGUGGGGUGUUCCCAAGAUCUUGGUGCUUAGCAUUCUGGGCAGCACCGAAGGUGUUACCAGGGCCGCGAAUGAAGCUGAAGGUGUCGAGAUCUUCGUUGGUGCCGUGGACAAGGAGUUAGGAGGGGUUGGUGGUGGCAUGAUUGUUCCUGGAGUUGGCGACAUAGGAGAUCGCCUCUUCCUUACGAUUGGCAAAUAAGCACUAUACCCGCAUCGUUUUACAAUUGGCGCCUACAGGAGACGAGUCAUUCUCAGCUGGAUACCUGCUCUGUUACCGGUUGGGAUUUGUUUCUGGCAGGGGGGAAGAGGAGGGGGGCGUUUCCUUCUUACUCUUUGUAUUGGUGAAAUUUCCUGCAUUCCACAUGAUACCUUACCAGGCGGGGCGCCACAGCAUUCCAUCGUUCAUUCCUCGGCAUUUUCUGUGGCUUUAUUAUGUCCCACACGUGUCUAACGCCCUUCCUGAAGACGGCGGCAGUUUCAGCC